AUGUCGGGGGAGUUCUACCUCUGUUUUCUCACGACUCUGUUGCUCCACAUCUCCCACAGCCAAGGUAAGUCAGGAUGAAAGAGCAGCUAGCAACGCACACUCUUCAAACGAGGGAGAAUGACAUGAGACGUUGUGUCACUUUGUGUUAUUUUUUUAGUCAUUCUUAUCCAGAGCGACUUACAGGAGCAAUUAGGGUUAAGUGCGUUGCUCAAGGGCACAUCGACAGAUUUUUCAACUAGUCGGCUCGGGGAUUAGAACCAGUGACCUUUCGGUUACUGGCACAACGCUCUUAACCACUAAGCUACCUGCGCCCUAUUUUAUAGUUUAUAUAUUAUUUUAUAUAUUAUUAUUUAUAUAUUACUUAUAUAUUAUUGAAUUGUUUUUUGGGGGGAUGGAUCAGCUUAAUAUUGCAGAUAGAUUGUAUCUUCUAUCAAUGUAAUUGUCUGCAUCACUUCCGAUCCCCCAUGUUUUUUAUAUAUAUACUCCCCUUUAUUACUUUUCAACCCCGCCAUCCUUUCCCUACUUGGAGUAAAUUAGUGAACAACAAUGCCCAGGCCUCUACUUCCGGUCUAUACUUACUAUCUACACCUUAUGGACACAGUUAAUUUUACAAUAAUUCUAUUCUAUAUACAUUUAUAUAUUUUUUAUUUUAUUUUUUUGCUCCUGAACUUCUUCUACUCUCAACCUCUCCGAUCAUUUUCAUGAUGUCCAUCCGGUUUGCUUCUAUAUGCCAUAUCUUUCUAACUGUGCUCUUUCCCAAAAGCUCCCAACAUACAACCUAUAUACUUAUUAUGGACACAGUAUGCUUACAUUAUUAGCUAUCUUUGUUAUUAUUUGUUGUUAUUUGUUAUUAGUCCCAUCCUUCAACUCUAUUCAAUACCUCCCAUCUAUCUCUUAACACCAUCCAUAUAGGAUUUCUAUUUGCCAUAUAUAUUUCAACCGUACUGUGAUGUUUUACAAAAGUUCUGAACCUUUCUAUUCUCGUUGCUUCUACAGAUUGUGAAUAAAAAAUAAACAUUUUUGCUAAAAGUAUUAUUAUAUUAUUGAUCGAUUGACUAUGACUUUUCAGAUCACCCAGUAAUGCUAUCUGCAAGGUUAGCUCCAGGUAAAUAUUGCAAUCCUUUAGCCAUUCCUGGACCUGUGUCCAAAAACAAGCUACAAAUGGACAGAACCAAAACAAAUGAUCUAAUGAUUCUGUCUCUUCGCAGCAAAAUCUGCAGAGCUGGGAAGAUUGUAUCCCCCAUAUAAAUAACAUUCUAUUGGUAGCAAGAAUUUUAUAUAAUAAUUUAAAUUGAAAGAUUCUAAUUUUUGAAUCCGGUUCUAUUCUAUUAUUGAAUUGUUAUUCAAUUUGAAUGGGCAGGUUGGAUAGAGUAGAAAUUCAUUUACUUGAGCAAACCAGCUGUGUUAAACAACACAUGUGGUUAAUGGCUUCUCCUAUAUCAACUGUUGCUAUGAUCUUUAUUAUAUCCAAAAUAGGGUAGGCUAUUAUAUGCAGUGUUAGCCAGCUAUCCAGCUAGCUUAUAUGCAGUGUUCCUUAUGUUCACUUAUUAAGCAGCUAUAAAGCUUUAUAAGUAACCUGUUGGCCUAUAUAACAUAUUUUAAUUUCUCAAGGCUUUAUUAACAUUUCAAAGGUGUGGCUUUAAUUUAGGUGUGUGAAAUGGUGCAUUAUGUUUGACUAUGUAAUGUAGCCUAAUGCUUGACUGGUAUGUUUGCCUUCACUGUUGCUGUCAUGGGAGACAGGUGGCAUCAUGCUCUUAUCAUACUCUCUCUCUCGCUUUCUCACUCUCGAUAUAUACACUGAGUGUACAAAACAUUAGGAACACCUGCUCUUUCCAUAUCAUAGACUGACCAGGUGAAUCCAGAUGAAAGCUAUGGUCCCUUAUUAAUGUCACCUGUUAAAUACACUUCAAUCAGUGUAAAUGAAGGGGAGGAGACAGGUUUAAAUAAUUAUUUUAAAGCCUUGAGACAAUUGAGACAUGGAUUGUGUAUGUGUGCCAUUUUUCACGCUCAACUGUUUCCCGUGUAUCAAAAAUGGACCACCACCCAAAGGACAUCCAGCCAAAUUCCCACAACUGUGGGAAGCAUUGAUGUCAACAUGGGCCAGCAUCCCUGUGGAACAUUUUCGACACCUUGUAGAGUCCAUGCCCCAACAAAUUGAGGCUGUUCUGAGGGCAAAAGGGGGUGCAACUCAAUAUUAGGAAGGUGUUCCUAAUGUUUUGUACACUCAGUGUAAUAUAUAUAUAUAUAUAUAUAUAUAUAUAUAUAUAUAUAUAUAUAUAUAUAUAUAUAUAUAUACACUACCAGUCAAAAGUUUGGACACACCUACUCAUUCAAGGGUUUUUCUUUAUUUUUACUAUUUUUUACAUUGUGAUUUUUUACAACUAUGAAAUAACACAUAUGGAAUCAUGUAGUAAAAAAAAAAAGUGUUAAACAAUCAAAAUAUAUUUUAUAUUUGAGAUUCUUCAAAUAGCCACCCUUUGCCUUGAUGACAGCUUUGCACACUCUUGGCAUUCUCUCAACCAGCUUCACCUGGAAUGCUUUUCCAACAGUCUUGAAGGAGUUCCCACAUAUGCUGAGCACUUGUUGGCUGCUUUUCCUUCACUCUGUGGUCUGACUCAUCCCAAACCAUCUCAAUUGGGUUGAGGUCAGGGGAUUGUGGAGGCCAGAACAGUGUCACAAGGUACAGAACGGCAGGCAGUCUCAGGAUCAGGACAGGCAGAAUGGUCAAAACUGGAAAACAGGGGCUAGAGCAAAACAGGAGUAUGGAUAAAACGCUGGUAGGCUUGACGAGACAAGACGAACUGGCAACAGACAAACGGAGAACACAGGUAUAAAUACACUGGGGAUAUUGGGGAAGAUGGGCGACACCUGGAGGGGGGUGGAGACCAGCACAAAGACAGGUGAAACAGAUCAAGGUGUGACAGAUAGAGGACAGCUUACAGGUUACAUGAUAGGAGAACACAGAUAAAGGUGAUGUGGGGUGACAAAAGCAUUGAUUUGCCUUUCUCUCCUGCAUGCAGACAGAUAUUGCAGCACUCUUAGCAGCAGUUUCAUUUCCUGCUUGGGGUGUCUUGAAAAGGUCACGACCUGGUCAGGACCCACUGGUGGUUCACAGAUGAUUGUUUGUGGAUGCAGCUGACUUUGUUUGACAGGCCAUUGGGUUUCAGUUUUCUCAGCGAGUCAUUCAUUUUAAGUGCUGCUUCUUCUAAAUUAGAUUGAUGAAGUCAUAUUGAGUUGACAUAAACCUGUAAUCAGAACCUUUUCGCUGUGUGAUCCAGAACACCAGGGGGCAAUAGAAACCCACCACAUCAGUGCAGGUCACUUCUUCCAACUGAAGUGUGGUGAUGACACUGAGGACCGUACCACUGUGACCUGGAGCAGAGGGGGGAACCAGACCCUGAACGUGACUUCUGGGGUGGAGGUCAGAGGGGAGGUUCUAUGAUUUCUACACACCUCCCAUAGUGGACACUACAUCUGUGAGAGUAGGUAAGAAACCUCUGUAUGUUACUGGAUAUAGUUGAGCAAAUGCCUUUGUUAAAGCAUAUGUUAUUUUACUUCCUAAAGUGACUUCAAGAAUGUUUGAGGUAAUUCCACUAUCACAAGCAGAGAUUGAAGUAGGGUGAUUGGUUUCCAAAUCCUAAAUCUAUUCACGUCUCACAUUAAUAAUUCUCAACUUCACUGUUACAAUAGUAAAUGGAGUGCUCUGGUCAUAUGGAGUGGCGCAGUGGUCUAAGGCACCGCAUCACAGUGCUAGCUGUGCCACUAGAUAUCCUGGUUCGAAUCCAGGCUCUGUCGUAGCCGGCCGCGACCGGGAGACCCAUGGGGCGGCGCACAAUUGGCCCAGGGUAGGGGAGGGAAUGGCCGGCAGGGAUGUAGCUCAGUUGGUAGAGCAUGGCGUUUGCAACGCCAGGGUUGUGGGUUUGAUUCCCACGUGGGGCCAGUAUGAAAAAAAAUACAAAAAAUAAUGUAUGCACUCACUAACUGUAAGUUGCUCUGGAUAAGAGUGUCUGCUAAAUGACGUAAAUGUAAUGUUCAUGUGUAUUACAACACAGGUACCCAACUGGAUCAUGGGAGAUGGAGUUUGUGCUGUCUCUGGGCCCUGUCCCAGCUGAGAACAGGGCUGUAUCCCAGGGGACUAGUGAAGUGGUGUUCUGCAGACAGCAAGAUGUCCUUCGUCUGGACCCCACAGCACACAUCCGAUGGUUCAAGGUUAGGGCAGACACCCCACUAGACACACAUACCAUAAUACUAUGCUUGAAGAUCCCUGUCUUAACGCAGUGGAAGCUCCUCAGAGGAGGAAGGGGAGGACCAUCAUUUUCAGUGAUUAGACAAUAAUCUAAAUAUAGUCACGUCAGCAAAUAAUUGAUUAAAACACACUGUUUUGCAAUGAAUGUCUACAGGAGCCUCAACAGCACUCUGUAAGGUAGCACCAUGGUGUAGCCGGAGGACAGCUAGUUUCCGUACAUUUCCUUCAAUACAAAACCUAGGAGGCUCAACCCAGCAUGAACUGACAUGUUGUCCACCCAAUCAAAGGAUCAGAGAAUGAAUCUAGUACUGAAAGCAAAAGAUAUAGCUAGCUAGCACUGCAGUGCAUAAAAUGUGGUGAGUAGUUGACUCAAAGAGAGAGAAAGACAAUAGUUGAACAGUUUUGAACAAAUUCAUUUCUUAAAAAAUGAAGGAGAAUCAAGAGAGAGAAAGAGAGCUAGCUAUAUUUAGUUGUAUUUUUUUUCACUUUCACUUACUUAGCUGGCAAAUGCAGCAAGCUAGUUUAGCCUACUCAAACACCCGGCUCAAACAAAGAGGGAUGCUAUGUUAGCGAGCUGGCUAUGGCUAUCCAACACUGGAACUCUUCCAAGUCAAGGUAAGCUUUUGGUUAUAUACAUUUAUUGCCACCGGGGCUUGCCAGUGUAACUGCUAAACUGCUUGCUGUACACUGUACUGCAUGAUUGUAGCAGGUUUACUAACGUGUUAGUUCUAGUAGCUAUGUUGACUAUGACGUUAGCUAAUAUGUUGACAAUGAUAUGCGCUGUGUGUAGAGGUUAGCGGUUAUGAUACUGUAUGAUGGUUUGGAUUGGAAAGGUUUUUUCGCCUGGUCACAGACAGCUGAUGUGUUGUGCACUGAAGUCCAUAAGCGAAGGAAAAAGGUGAGAGGAGGAGAGCGCGUAGAUGCGAGAAGGAAUUAUACAACAAGCAAAAGGUUCAUGCUGUUUGUAUGUGGCUACUAUGAAAGUGAACUGUGUUUGCGUGUGAUCAGGGGUGUAUUCAUUCCGCCGAUUCUGAAAAAAAGAAAAAAACUUAAACGGAAGCAAACGGAACGAAAUGGGGAUAAACAUACCUGAAUUUGUCCAAUAGAAACUGUCAUUUGCAACUGUUGGACUAAUGAUUACACCCUAGAUCAGCUAGAUGCAGACAAGAAGGUGCAAGGCGGUAUUGAAUGUGUCACUGUCUGUCACUUUGAUUACUCAAAUUCUUCUCUCGACCUGUGCACCUACAUUGUAAACUUUCAUUAUUGGGCUAUGUUGUAGCAACCUCAUGAUAGGUAUAGGGAAAAUUAUAAUGUAGUAGCCUAAACCUAUCGAUGUUACAUUGAGCUGGGUGAAUGGAAUAUGAAUGACAGUCAUCCAAUAUGCUGUUAUAGAAAUGUGGCAAUACUCAUUUAAAAAAAUCCUCCUCAUCUUAAACGGCACCGACUGCCACUGGUCUUACAAUGUCAUAGUAAUGAGGUAACAGAUUCAUAGCAGCUGACAAUGGACAAGAUACAGUCAUGACUGAACUGUUGUUUAGCUGAACUAACUGCCUUACCUGUCAUGAGUGUCAAUUGCUCAAAAUUGGUAACUUAAAAAACAUUAAAGACAUUUCUAUUGUGGGAUAAGUAGAUAGGAUUGCGUGAGCUAACUUUGACCCACAGCAUCUCUGAUGGGAUGUGCAGGACUGUAGCCCUGUCGACCAGUAUGGAGAGAAGAUCAUUGAAGAAGAUGGUCUGAAGAGGCUCCGGAUGAUCAAUGCUACUGAGAGCCAUGCUGGAAUGUACGCCUGCCUGGUAGAGUUCUCUCUGCAGGGGAGAAACCACACCACCGCCCACAGCACUCAGCUCAAAUUUAACAAAGGUAAAGUUGUACCUCCAUUUAAAUUCAAUUAACAUAUAUUUCUUCUCACCACACUUUUUGUGGCUGCAACAAAGUGUGAAAUUGUAUAAUGUGUAUAUAUUUUUUACAUAUUUGGUGAUAAUUAAGUGAUUUGUAACUUUUUAAGUUUUGUAGGCCUUACCUGUGUGGUCUGUGUAUUGGCAGAAAAAGUCCUGUUGUAACCCCAAGUGACCUACCCCAGAAAGGAAACCGUUGUGGUUGAACCAGGUGAGCAAUGAUGACGUCAUGCUUUUUUGUAGAUAAUGCUAUCUCUCCUCCCUUGAAUAUUAGUGUGUAAUAGAAAUCUGGUGUGAAGACUGCUGGGUAAUUGAGUCUUUCUGGGCCAUGUCACAGCUGCUGACUCAGAGUGUUUUCUGUUUGACGGCAGGCUCAAUGAUAGAGCUGGUGUGUUCAGCGGACAUAGGGCUGCUCUGGCUCCAACCAGGUAGGAUCCCAAACACACUCCUGAGUAACAUGAAGGACUUCAAAUCACCCAUAAGAGUCUGUUUGAACAGGACGAUGGCCAUGUCAUUAGUGAGAGAUUUGAUGUAAGGUGCUGUUAUUGUUACAGUAACUUAGACUAGCAGCUACUGUCUGUCAGCACAGAAUGUGAUAACAUACCUCACUUCCUUUCCUUCUGGCCAUUCACAGUGGUUUCUACACAUGUGUGUGUCUCUGCCUGGUCUUUUCUAUGGCUGUUCUUGGAGUAGCAACGUGCUGCCUCUUUAAAGUGGACCUGGUGCUGGCCUAUAGGAAACUGUGCAACCUUAUGCCCAAAAGGAGAGGUGAGUAAAUAUAGAAAUCUCCCAUGGUCACAAUACUGCGUAGAAACUAUUCUAAAAUACUACUUACUAACGCAAUUUAGAAUGUUCAUAUGCAUAGAAAAAGGGUGAUUUAUCAAACAACCCUACGAGCGUCAUACAGUAUGCACACUGGUAUGAGAUAACCAUUGAUAAAUACCAAUUGCCUCAGUGCUCGUGCACGACCUUGGCUAUUUGCAUUUCAAAACCCUCCUAAUUAACCAUAUAUGGUCAAAAUCGUCCCUUUAAAGCCUGAGAGGAAUAUACAACGCUGUACCAUGUAAUACAACGGUGCAACCAAAAAAAGCUAAGAAAAAAACUUUGCAGAGACUGAAAUAGAGGUGCUAGUGUCAAAAAUGGAGUACAAUCAAAAGGUUUUAUUUGGCUCGCUCGUUGUUGCUUGACCAGUAAAAAUAAAAACAUAGCUACAAAGAGAGGACCAUUAGUACAAUUCAAGUUGCUUUAGCAAUGGCAAAUAUACUUCAAAUGAAUAGGCAACACUCACCAAUAAGCCAUCCAUCCUCAACAGCUCCCUCCUGUAGGUGUAUAGGCCAACAUUGCUGUUCUGCCGAAUGAACGAGUUGUGCGUUCCACCUUGCCACUACAUUCAGCAGUGUCUUUUACGCAUCACAUAACCUAUAACCUGCACAUUAAGAGUGGAAGCCUUUUCGGUUUUGGAUGGUUAUUUUAUGGCGAUGUGGGUGCCGUCUAUUGCUCUGUUCAUAUUUAGGAACCCAUUGAUGGCAUCAUGGCAAAGAAACCCAUCUUGACUUCAACCUGUUGUGCGAUGGUGUAUGGAACAGAGCCCCACCUGUUUUGAGCCCCACAUUUUUAGCAACAAAAAAAAAGCGGGUUUGCAUUUUAUUUUUGGCAUUAAUACGUGUCACAAUGUAAAAAUAAUAAUAAUCAUAAUCAUUGGGUUAAUAAAACAUGGUCUAUUUUUUGCUUUAUUGAGUAAGGCAGCUCCAAAAUGCAGGUGUUUCAGCCUAGCUCAGUGCUUUCUGUGGUGGUGGUGGGGCAGCCAGCGGAAAAUACGGAGCGUAGGGGUUGGUAAUGUUCUCUAGUUGCACCGUGAUUGGCUCAGUGUUCUGUCACUCAUGGGGACACUACGUCACUGCCAAAUCUAAGGGUUGAGCUCGAAAAUUCAAGCCCCUUUGGUGCUGCCAUAGAGUUACAUCAGAAGAAGGCUCAAGGUUAUUGGCCAUAGAGUUACAUCCAAGAUGGCUCAAGGUCAUUAGCCACAGAUAAAAUGACAUUAAAUCAUGUUAUAUCUUUGAAUGGACUGAUCAUGUCAACAUCAUACUUUCAAAAUCUUAGCUAGCAGUCAUCAUCAUGAAUCAAGCCAACAAUCUACUAGCAAAUCCUUUUUAAUCCUUGUCAUAUGAAGAUAAAUAAUGAAGAGAAAUUAUAGAAUAAACAUAUGUGCUCAUCGGACAUUGGACAUAAACAUUACACAACAAGUUGGAAAUUGCAAAUUCAACAAUGAGUGGUUUGGAAGGAAUCAGUGGCUAACUGCAAGCAUUGCAAAGCAAUCACUAGCCUGCUAUUCAGUGGAGUGGGCGUGUGGUCCCAAUUCUGGGUUUAAGGGUCUGUUUUUCAAGCUUAAAAUUAUAAACAUUCAACAUUGGCCAUGCUGUCAAUCCAGCAUGAUUUCUGCCUCGCUCAAAACAACUGUUUAGUCGGAACUGGGAAAUCGCAGACUUCAGUGAGUUCAAGACAACUGGGAACUAGCUUUGACUGGGAAAAUACGUUUUGAAUGGUCAUCCAACUCGGAAUUCCAAGUCGGGUACUCUGGCCUCUUUCUAGAACUCCGACCUGAAGAUCACUGACAUCAUAACCUUGUUUUUUUUCGGAGUUCUCAGUUGUCUUGAAAGCACCAUAAAUCCAGAGAAUGCCAGACUUUUGCCCACUAAGGAUCACUGCGCCACCUUCCCUGUUCAAGUGAGUACAACAAGUUGAGUCCAAAAAUGUAUUGUAUGCUGCUGCAUAAAUGAUGUAAUAUGCCAGGGAGAUAUGUAUACUGUAGCUAAGAAAGUAAGUCCAUGCAAGAGAGUGGCCGUCGUGUGUGUGUUUGUGUGUAAGAGAGAGAGAACAAAAGAGAGCGACUGGGAGAGCGAGAGAGAGCCAGUUGAGGAGCGCGGCCCACGCCGGUCUGAUCAGACCGGCCUACCAGGAAUAGUCCCUCACUUCUCGACAUCCAGUCCGCCCCUGGCUGAAACCCUCAUAUUAAACAACAAUGGUAUUCACUAUAUUGAUGGGUUAUAUUUAGGAUGUUUUACAGCUUUGUCAUUCUAUUUUCUAUUUUAAAAUAAUAUUUUAUUGUUUUAUAUAUAUUUUACAUGUGAUAAGGCCACACAGAGGGCCAGAGAUAAUUACAGACAACUGUGAUAAUCUGAGUAACCAAAAAGGCCACUAGAUCUCAUGUGAUAAAUUACAUAAAAUCCUUGAAAGUUACCAAAUUAAACUUUGAAUGUUACCAGAAAUAUAACCUCCCUUUGCAACCCUAUCUGCACCUAAAGUGAACACACACACACACAACACACGUAAACACACUCUGAUGCCAGCAUGCAAGUACUGUAGGCUCACACACAGAUGCACAAACACAUGCACACACACACACCUGCACAUGUACACAUGCACAUACACGCGCAAACCCAGGGAUAUAGACUGGUUGGCCGAGGUCAGUGGUCCCACAUUGGCCUGCGCCACAGGAUAUAGAUAUUGUCCAGAAUAGCUUCAACAAUGCUUGGCAUGUUUCACAGGCAAUAAGGAACACUGUCCAAAACUGUGAUUAGUUUAACUUGUGUUCAUCACAACAGUACAUUGACUAAACAGUUGGCAGUUUGAGUAUAUAAUAGUGUGUGUACGUGUGAAUGUGAGAGAGGGGGAGAUAUUCUGAAUUGGGAAAAAGUCUCUCCUCCAUGAUCCGGAAACCGAUAAGUGGUCAAGUAGUGUGUAAAUUCGUUAGUAGGGGAACGGAGGAGUGCCCUCCUCUCCUUUAUAGCCUCCUCCCGCCGAGGAAGCACAAGUAUAUCUUCUCUGCUCCCUAUCAUGGAAGCAUUUUGAAAUCAUCCACACCCCCUUUGAAUCAGCUGUUGUUUUCUCAGAGGAGAAAAGCAUGGACAUAUUUCUAAACAAUACGCUCCUUGUCUUUUAUCUAUAAAAUGUAUGGGACAAUCAGCUCAAUUUAUUUUUGCCACUUUACACAUAUAUUUUAGGAUUCCAUGAGAACGCGAGGAGUCGAGCAAAACCAAUUGAGCUUCUCCCGGGGAGAGGGAGAGAGCGAUGACAGACUGAUUGAUUGAAUGACUGACAGAUUAUUAGCUUGAUUGCUGAUUGACAGGCAGCUGUGUGAGAGGGUGUGUUUGGUCCAGAGAGCAUUACAAAAGCAGCAGUCUCAGCCUUCAGUCAGUCUUAGCUAGUUUCCCUCCAAGCCACCUUGACCCUUAGCUCAUCACAAGCAGCACUCUAGAAAAUGGGUGAGUGAUUUCGUAUGUUCCAGAUUGGGUGCCAUUUUCACUUUGUCUUUAUGCUAGAGAAACUAGUUUCUUUCAUUGAGUAAUACUUUGUGUGACUGAUCUGUGAUCUUGUGUUGCAGCCGAGAAAGUUCUGAUCGUGUACGCCCACCAGAGUACUGGGUCGUUUAACGCUGCAGCUAAAGAUGCAGCUGUGACAGCUCUGACUGCUCAGGGCUGUAAGGUGGAGGUGUCUGACCUCUACGCCAUGAAGUUUAAAGCCUCUGCUACUGUUGACGACAUCACUGGUAACAGUCUGAACUAUGAGUUGCUUAAUUACUGUAGUGUGUGCCAAUUAAAUGCUAAACUUUUUGUGGGUAAGUGGCUUUUAUUUUCUACCUCAACUUGCUUAGUCUCAGUCUGUUAUGCUUUAUCAGGGGAGGUGAAGGAUGCUGAACACUUCCGAUAUGGAGAGGAGACCAUGCUGGCGUGGCAGGAGGGCCGACUCUCUGCUGACAUCACUGCGGAACACCGCAAACUCUCUGAUGCGGAGGUUGUCAUUUUCCAGGUGUGCUCUCCUGGGGUAGUGUCUGAGGGAACUUAGCCUCAAUUUGAGCCUAUAAAUUAAAUGUAGACCCUUCAGCUCUUUACUUUUUGGAUGGUGGCUGAAAUGCACCCAUUCCAGGUACUGGUUGUUGACUAGUGUCUCCCAUAUUUCUCAGUUCCCCAUGUACUGGUUCACUGUUCCUGCCAUCAUGAAGGGCUGGCUGGACCGGGUGCUCACACUGGGAUUUGCCUACACCUCAGAAAAGAGGUACAGCCAGGGCCUCUUCAAGGUAAGGGACGCAAUCCCAUAGUCACUGUUAAAGGCCCAAUGCAGCUGUAUGUGGACACCUGCUCGUCGAACAUCAACUUGGUAGUGCGUGUAACUGAGGACAAUUGUUACGCACUCUGCGGUCCCGUUCUGAGUUUGUGUGGCUUAGAACUUGCGGCUGAGCUUUUGCUCCUCAACGUUUCCAUUUCACAAUAACAGCACUUACAGUUGACAAGGGCAGCUCUAGCAGGGCAAAAAUCUGUCAAAACUGACUUGUUGGAAAGGUGGCGUCCUAUGACUGUGCCAUGUUCAAAGUCAGAGCACUUCAGUAAGGCCAUUCUACUGUCAAUAUUUGUCUAUGGAGAUUGUAUGGCUGUGUGCUUGAUUUUAUAAAUCUGUCAGCUGUGACUGAAAUAGCCGAAUGCAUUAAUUUGAAGGGGUGUCUACAUUUGUGUGUGGCUCAGAACCAGUCAGCCUCAUGCAGCGUGACACAGCUCCUUCGCUUAGAGUUGAUCAGGCUGAUUGUGGCCUGUGGAAUGUCCCACUCUUCAAUAGCUGUGAAGUUAACUAAAACACUAUCGCUCCAGAGCAUCCCAAACAUGCUCAAUGGGUGACAUGUCUGAGUAUGCCGGCCAUGGUAGAACUGGGACAUCUUGAACUUCCAGGAAUUGUGUACACAUCCUUGCGCCAUGGGGCCAUGCAUGAUCAUGCUGAAACAUGAGGUGAUGACUGCUGAACGGCAUGACAACGGGCCUCCGGAUCUCGUCAAUCUCUGUGCAUUCAAAUUGCCUUAGACUUCAAAUGCAGUUGUCUGUAGCUUAUACUUGUCCAUAACAACUCAACCAUGGGGCACUCUGUUGACAUCAGUAAACCACUCGCCCGGUACAGAUGUAAAGCCCACAUCUUCAGCAUGACGGUGAGCAUUUGCCCACUGAAGUCUGUUACGCCACCAAACUGCAGUCGGGUCAAGACCCUGGUGAGGACAAGCGCACAGAUGAGCUUCCCUCAAACGAUCCCGCAGGUGAAGCCAGAUGUGGAGGUCCUGGGUUGGUGUGGUUGUGAGGCCGGUUGGACAUUGUGCCAAAUUCUCUAAAACAAUAUUGAGGGUUUAUGGUAGAGAAAUUAACAUUUAAAUUCCUAGUCAGCAUGCCAAUUGCACGCUCAACUUGACACCUGUGAUGUGACAACAUUUUAGUGGCCUUUUUAUUGUCCUCAGCACCCAUGUAAUGAUCAUGCGGUUUAAUCAGCUUCUGAUAUCCCACCUGUCAGGUGGAUGGAUUAUCUUGGCAGAGGAUAAAUGCUCACUAACAGGGAUGUAAACCAAUUUGUGCACAACCUAUAGAGAUGCUUUUUGUGCAUAUGUUAAAUUUCUGGAAACUUUUUUUUUUUCAGCUCAUGGGACCAACACUUUACAUGUUGCAUUUAUAUAUUUGUAUAGUUUAUCGCCUGGUGUGACGUCGCUGACACGCCACCCAUCCCAAACCUGACUAAAGGUCCUGUGUAAUAGUUGCUGGUUGAAAAAACAAUCAGGAAAUAUCACUGAACACUUUUCCUGUCAUCAGCACAGAAAUUAAUUGACUGCAACGUGCCUUAAAAAAAAUGCAUGGUUGGAAUGUUCCUGUGGUCCAUUUUACAUUUCUCCUCACCUGGAUGGUUUUCCCCCAGGACAAGAAAGCCAUGCUGUCCUUCACCACUGGAUCCCAGGAGUCUAUGUUCAGUGCCAAUGGUAUCAAUGGAGACAUUAAUGUCACCCUGUGGCCACUGCAGGUAUGUUAGGCUUGGCUGGCACUACCAGCAAUGAGCUUUUGCUUUGCUCUGGUAUCCCCACUGGAUAACACACUCAAACGUUUGACUUCCAGGCUGGCAAGCACUCAUUUCAAUAAUUCACUUGGCCAAAUCAAUUCAUAUGUAUCUACUUGAGCAUGCUUAAACCAGUUAAUUCCCUCUUCUAGAAUGGCAUCCUGCACUACUGUGGUUUCCAGGUUCUGGCUCCUCAGAUCUUCUGGGCUCCACCCCACAUCCCCUCCGAGGCUCGCCGUAGCAUGCUAGAGGCAUGGUGCACGCGGCUGCAAGGUCUAAUGGGAGAAACUCCACUCACCUUCACCCCCUCGGACAGCUUCGAUGGAGGACUGGGCUUCCAGCUCAAAGAGGAUAUCCAGGAGAAGCAAGCAGCCAGUGAGUUCGGCCUGACUGUCGGAACCCACCUGGGCAAGCCCCUCCCACCCAACAGCCAGGUCAAAGCUGGGGUGUGA